AUAAGCAAACCAUAGUGGUUAUCUAGUGGUUUUUAUCACGAAGCAAAGUGAUAUACAUUUUUGAUACGAGCCCCCUCAACCACAUCUCCAAUGACAUGUGCAGUUUUUCUGGAUGCUCCUCGUGGCCUACAAAUCUUUUCAAUUCUCACCAAUUAAUUUAUUUUGAUCGAAGCUUCGUAGUUAAAAGAACUUUCAACCCAAAUCGCGUCACUUUGGCGACAAUUAUUUCUGCAUAAGGUUUUGCGCCAGCAAAGUUAAUAAUAUACAACAACAAAUUUCGGCACUAAUUGAAAACAUUUUAUAAAUAGACCUUAGUGUCUCAGCGUUCUUCUUAGACGUACGUUUUUCCCUCAGUUUUUUCGUGUGCAUUUCGGUGGUCCAACAGUACUCGUACUGUACGUAGUCUUUCCUGUUGCGUGCAUUUCAGCUAUGUACAUUUGUGAAAUUAGAUGAAAUUUUUCUUAGUGGAAUUUACGUGCGUGUGCAAUUUGAAAUUCAAGUUUCGCGGCCAAAAAUUGUCCUAGUUAACAUCUAUCCCAUAGCUGGGUGCCAGCGGAACUAUUAGUGAAAUUGUCUGGAAGACCCUAGUGCGGAAUAAAUUUCGCUCGCCAUGGAUACGGAUCGCAUGGUGAAAGCCAUGGCGCGUUGGUGGCAGAUUGGAAAGAAUGUCAGUGACGAAGAAGGCGACGUCAACUCUCGGAACCCUAUGCUCUACGAUCCCUUACACGAGAGCAAAACAACAAAAACUAUGCAAUAUGUUGCAGCCAUACUAAUAUGUUUUGGAGCAAUAUCAGCUGGCACGGCGUUAGCAUGGACAUCACCCGUCAUUCCUCAACUAGAGAAACCAGACAACGUAUCUGAAGCAACAAAUGCAACCAACGGAGAGUUCUACUUGACCUCAGAUCAGACGUCUUGGGUUGGGUCACUCCUCGCCAUCGGUGCCAUGUUUGGCGCCAUUCCUGCAGGUUACCUAGCUGAUAAAAUCGGCCGCAAGUACACGGCCAUUUUGAUGGACAUUCCCUUUAUAGUCAGUCUGCUGAUAUUAAGGUAUGCAACCUCAGCAGCUAUGUUGUACGCAGGAAGGUUUCUGAUAGGCAUAUCUACCGGCAGUUUCUGUGUGGUUGCUCCCAUGUAUAUAUCUGAGAUUGCCGAAACAAAUAUUCGUGGUCAACUGGGAACUUUCUUCCAACUCUCCUUGACUAUUGGAAUUUUGAUCACAAACUUUGUUGGCGCAUUAGUAGACUGGGUGGCGCUGAGCACGAUAUGCUUAUUGUUCCCAGCGAUUUUACUGAUUGCAAUGUUCUUCCUGCCGGAAACACCAACAUAUUUGAUAAAGAAGGGCCGUCGCGGUGACGCAGGCUUAUCACUAAAAUGGCUUUGGGGUAGGGAGUGUGAUACAAGGAGCACCCUCCAGUUUUUGCAGACUGAAUUGGAAUCCUCUGCUGGAAAUGUUCGUGUCAGCGAUCUAUUUACAAUUAAAGCGAAUCGGGUCGGAAUGAUGAUAUCAUUAUCACUGAUGGCAUUCCAGCAACUUUCUGGCAUCAACGCAGUCAUAUUCUACACAGUUCCUAUAUUCAAAUCAGCUGGUAGCACUAUGGAUGCAUCUGUCUGUGGAAUUAUCGUGAGUGCGGUGCAAGUACUGAUGACUUUCGGUUCAUCACUUCUAAUCGAACGAGCAGGACGCAAAGUGCUCUUGCUGAUAAGUAGCGCGGUCAUGGGCUUUUGCUUGUUCGUCCUAGGAGUUUAUUUCCAUUUGAAGGAUAACGGGCAUAACGUGGCCUUCAUUGGAUGGAUUCCCCUUCUCAGCGUUAUAUUGUUCAUUGUAACGUUUUCCAUUGGAUUCGGCCCGAUCCCAUGGUUGAUGAUGGGUGAACUGUUUUUGCCUGACUACAAAGGGGUCGCCUCGUCAUUGAGUGUGACCUUCAAUUGGGUCGGAGUUUUUGUUGUCACCAAGUGCUUCUCGAAGAUGGUGGAGUCUUGGGGAUCUGAUAUAACAUUUUGGUUCUUCGGUGUUUGUAUGGUUGCCGGCACAGCAUUCGUGGCGACAAAAGUAUUUGAAACAAAAGGGAAGAACUCAACGCAGAUACAAAUUCUCCUGUCGGGUACGAAAGGUGAUUUUGAAGCACAAUCGCAGUUAGUAGAAUAGAA